GGGUCAUUUUCUGUAUUAGGAACAAGAAAAGAAACAGAAUUGGCAGGUGUUACUUUGCCAUCUACACCGAUCCCUCCCGUUCCUCGCUCAAGGAGGGGCAGUCACAAUCCUUUCGUACACCCAUCAAACACCUUCCAAAACCCCCGGCACAGGGUGAACACUGUACGAAAGCAGAUCUAUGUUGCCGACAUGGAAGAUACAGGGAAGAUUUCACCAUACACUACCGUCCAUGUCACCAUCUGUGAGGGCCAUGGUGUUCAGGUGGUGGGGGAGACGGUGAAGGAGUACCUUAAUUCCGCUGAUGAUUUCACAAUCUGCGACAGCAAAGGCCUUGCCAUUGCUGACACAGCAGAAACCAGAGACCUAGAGUUUUGGAAAACAGCCAGCAGGAAACUCUAUGCCAUAAAGACCCAGGACCUAGCCAAAGCAAAGGCCACAAGAUUGGGGAAAAACACCAAAAAGAAUAGGAUCGACCAAGAAGACAACGAAGUGUUGAAUGGCCUUCUGGAAGUUGAACUAGAAAUGAAAAACUCAGCUGCCAAAUUGUCUGAACAUCUUCAGGAGAAGACUAAUGAGCUAUCUGUAUCUGUCACCCAGGUACAUACAAACGCAGCACAAGUAGCACAGCAGUGUUCAGUUUUAAAUGAGCUUAAGGCCAAAAUGUCAGAGAUGGUCCUUGCUCGAAAUAUUUCUGCCUGCCUGAGACAAACACUAGCAUGUAAAAUGUGCACAAGCAUCCCUGCCACAGAAGUGGUUGUUACAGCAUGCUGUGGUCAGGUUGCCGGCUGUGGCCCCUGCACGCAAACAUAUCUAAAGGAAAAUGACAGCUGCCUCUUCUGCAAGGCCCCUGUGUUUGCAACCAAGCUGAUCUUUCUCAAAGGCUUUAGUGAGGUCCUUGACCAAUUUCAGUAAUGAAACAAUCUAAACAAUCCCUCCGUAGUAUGUAGUUGUGAGAAGUAUGUUCCAGAAAUCAUCCACCCUUUGAUUGUGGUUAGACAGUUCUAUUUGAUUGGUUCCUUAUCUAUGACUGUUAUGCUAGUGCCUCUUGUGAAAACAUGUCAUUCUGACAUGUGAGCUUGUUACAAUGUGUCCACUUUGACAGCCCAUACUGAUGUCCUUUAUUUGUUAGCUCUUUCUUUUAAUACAUUUGUAAAUAAAAAUGUGAAUGUCAGAGGUAGCUGAUAUCAUAUUGGAGACACAUUGUAAAUAUAUGCCCAGGAA